UGAAACAUGGACGUACCAAAACUUUGACGUGAAAAUCCCCUUUAAGGAAACUUUAAUAUAUCUCUUUUCAUUAUUUAUAACAUGGAUUUAAGGAAAUCGGGUCGAAAUGUUGUAGUAAAUGGACUUUAUUUCGGAUUAUUUAUCACCUUUGUCUUGCAUCCGACUCCGGCCUCUUGCAUCAGCGUGACCGCCACCGCCGAGGUAAACGCAGUGAGAGGAGAGACGGUCACUCUGUCCUGCUCGUUCACCUCGACGAGUCGUUUGACCAGCAAAAUGUCAGUGGACUGGUCCUACAGACCCCCGGACGGCGGCCCUCCUCACACAUUCUUCCACUUCUUUUCGGUGCCGUACCCCCCAGAAGUUGGCCAGUUUAAGGGGCGGGUGAAGUGGUCGGGUAACCCCGCCCGCAACGAUGCUAGCAUCCAGCUGCUGAACGCCACGUUAACUGAUAACGGCACCUAUAGCUGCGCUGUACGCAACCCGCCCGACGUCCACGGACCCCCGGCGGAUACCAUCCUCACCAUCAGCCCCAAGAAAGCAGGAUUAAGGUUUUCGGACGUGGCCGUGCUGGCCCUCUUCGUUCUCUUUCCGUCGGCUCUGAUCACUCUGGUGCUGCUGAUGAGAAUCUGCUGUCCGUGCUGCUCCCCCGCCUUCAAAACGCUGCACCUCGACCAUCACUCACCUAUAGAGGUCGCUGAUGGGGGGGAGUGUGGAUGUAAACGCUCAGAAAAACACAGGUCUGGAUGCUGUGAGCUGGUUUUUGUGGACUCGGACGGUGAGGAUUACUCCUCAUAUUAUGAGAAGCAGCAGCUUUAUAAGGAGGCCGAGUCUAAGUGUUAGCUCUCCUGGACUCCAGGUUCCAUGUUUGGUUGAUAUGUGAAGGUUCUUUAAAGCUCGUCACUGCUCAUCAUCACAGCUGUAGUUUCUCUCUCAUUAGCAUGUUCUUCAGCCCCGGCUCUGAGCUGCUGAUCGUUUAUUUGUGCGGUUUGUGUUAAAUUAUUAUUAAUGUAGAUGUUUGUACAGACGUCGGAGGUUCUUCGCUCUACACGAUUGCAUUAUUAAUUUCUCUGUACGGAUGAGGUUCUGUGCCUCUUUCCCCUGUAAUCUGUAUUUAUUCUGUAAUUAGGGACCAAAACCAACACGUCAGAUUAUCAGAUUAUUUUUCUAAUUAUUUAACCAUCUUUACAAUAGUUUCGGACUGUGGUCGGGACGUACCUUUCAUCACGUCUACGCUUUGUGGCGGCAUGAAUCCACGCUGCGUAACGAUCUGUGGUGAUUUAUGAAUGUCAGAUGUUUAUAGAGCUGUACUAUACUGAAUUAAAUCAUCUUUAAAUAAAUAAAUAUGUACAUAGUUCUGAACGUUACCUGCUCUGUUAUUAUUGUUUAUUAUUGUUUAUAAUAAAGUCGUUCUCUGUA